CAGUGUUAUCACCGGCGGCCUUAGUGGCGGACGCCGUCGCCGCUGACGUCGCAUCCUCCCGGGGGGGCCACGGCGGGCACGUGCCUUGGACGGCGACGCCCUGGUCGCGCAGCAUGAGCCGUCCCGGGUGCUGGACGGCCCUGCGGCUCGCGGGGGCGGGCACCGCCGCGGGCGCGGCCUCCAUGGAGGCGGCGCGCGGCCGCGGCUGCUCGCUGUUCCGCCGGGAGACGGUGUUCGCCGUCGCCAUCCUCGCUGCCGGCGAGGCGCUGUUCUUUUUGUGGCGCCGGCGUAAACGUCGGGCGGAUGACGGUGAGGGUGACGGCGACGGCACGGUGGUGGUCUCUCUGGCCCGCGAGGCCUUGCUGCUCCUCUGGAGGCGCCGCUGGCAGGGUGACGGUGCUGGUGACGACGGCGGCAAUGGCAACGGUGACGAGGACGGCGACGGCGACCGCCACCAGAGAUUCCAAAAGAAAUUCGCCAUGGUUGCCUUAGCCGGCAAAGCGAUCCGGCAUCUGUGGCGCGUUUACCAGCGCCGCCGUCAACGGCCCAAUGCUGAUGGUGCUGGUGUCAACGGCGACGAGUUUGCUCCCGACGACGUCGUCGUUACGGAAGCCGUUGUUGACGGUGACAGCCACACAGACUUCGCCAUCGUGUCCUUCACUGGCAAGGCGCUGCCGCUGCAGAAUCUGCUGCGCCGCCUCGGCGACGUCAACGGCAAACUUGAGAACACCAUGAGCUGGAGGAGGAGGAGUCGACUCCGACACCACCGUGGACCAACAGAGGAGGAACAGCCUAUGAGAAGAGUGGGCGAUGGCGAGUCCCGCUUCGUCAUGGGGGAGGCCGACGACGUCCUCAUCCCCGAGGCUGCCUCCGAGGCCUCUGGCGUGCGUCAGCUCAUGGAGCGCCUCGUCGAGUCCCUCGUGUCCGGCGGCCUGGACGACGUCGUGCUGCUCCCCAAGGAUCCUCACCCUCAGUACGGGCGCAUUUACAGACGCCACCAGCCGCGCCUGAGGUCCGCGCUCACCUCGCUCGCCUACUCGCUGCAGAUGGCCAUGGCUCAGAAGCCCCUGGCCGAGUGCGAGACGCCGGGGCGCGCGCACGCGCAGCUCCGGGCCAUCAUCCUCGACCUGGCGCGGGACGUGGCCGCCCUGGACCGCCACCCGGGCGAGCAGGACGGCGUCGGGACGGCUGGCCUCGACGGCGUCCUCGACGCCAAGGAGGACUUCGCCACGCGCGCCUACGAGGACAUCCUGGCCACCGCCAUCGUCAACAAGGUGAUGGAGCGGUCGACGCUCCGGAACAACAACAACAACAAGAGGAAUACCAACAAUAACAACAACAAUUUCGUCAGCUCUCUCGAGGUGCGGCUCGGGUCCGUGGAGGACUCCCCCGAGAGCGGCACAUCUUCGUACAACGGGUCCUGGACCGGCUCCAGCCUCCUGGACCACUCCGUGGACGGCGACCUGGACUCGGACCCGCUGUCACUCAUGAUCGAGGAGUGCAUCGAGGAGGUGACCACCAUCACGGGCACGUCCUCGUCCUCGGCGUCGUCCUCCUCGCUGGACGAGCGCUCCGAGGGCGAGGAGCUGCCGCGCGAUGUGCCCCUCGUGCGGAGGCGGCGGCGGCGACGGAGCGCGCGGCGGCGCGGCAGCAGCAGCAGUGCCUCGCUACCGCUGCCGCCCUCCGGGCCGCCGUCCCUCAUCGCCGGCCUGUCCCUGCUCAAGCAGCGCGUGCCCUUCCCCGAGCUUGGCGUCGACAUCGUGGACGUGGAUUGGUCCUCUGGGGAGUCGGAGCUCUCCGACUCGGCAGAGGCCCAGCGCCCGGUCAACGGCCUGGACGGAGGCUACGAUGCGGAGGGUCGCCGGGCGUCGCCGCCGGACGGGGCGGAGCAGGCCGAGGAUGCUGUCGACGAGGACCGGCCGGCCAGCUGCCUGGAGCUGGUGACGCCCAUGCAGUCCUGGGAGGACAACUGGCUGUUCCAGAGCAAGCGUAUCCGCAAGCCGGCCGCGCAGUACGCACACCACCCGGUGCCCGUGCCAAUGCUGGUGCCCAAUCCCAGCGAGGACUUCCGGGCGCUCAUCGGUGACGUGGACGCCGAGGAGACCUCGGACCUGUCCGAGUGCAGCGACGACGCGCUGGAGGAGGUCGUCCUGGCCGGCAUGAAGCCCAAGGCCGAGUCCGACCAGUUCUCCGAGGACCUGAGCGUGUCCGAGGCCGCGGGCCGCCCCCUCCUGGACGGCCUGGCGGAGACGUGCAACCUGGAGCUGCUCAGGAGGGCCGCCCCCGCUCUGUCCACCGCCCCUGCUCCCAGAGCUGCACGUACCAACAGAACUGCCAACCUGGAGGGGCCUGCUUCGUCUCCGGACCGACUGUCACCGUUGAUCAGGUCGGCGGCAACGUCACCGGUCUCUAAGGGACGACAGUCACCCAACGACAUGGCCGAACGAUGGGCGCGCGACCAGGACGCCGAGAUGACCAUCCUGUACGACACGCCAACUCGGAGGGAGGCCCCCGCCAAGGACGUCCCCGUCAAGGAGAUUCCCAAGAAGGAGGUGCCCGCCAUGCACCGCGCCGUCCCCAAGCAGAAACUCGCCGUUGAUAGCAGAGCUCAGCGCUCCGUUGCCGCGGUUGCAGAGGUCGAGAAGUCAGCGGUGGAGGCCACGAGGGUCGAGCCCGUGUCGGCUGCCCCCAAAGCCACAGCUGCGACGCUGGCAGAGAGGCCAGAUGGGGCAGAAGAGAAGCCGCUGCAGCACCAGCAGGUGGAAGGGGAGCGUCAGGUUAACGGGAGGAUGAGUCCGCCUCCGGAAGUCCUGGAUAACGAGGACCUGUUCACUCCUCCUCGGCCAGGGACCAUCGCGGAACGAGAGCACCGCAAGUGGCUGGAGGCCACCCCGCUGCCGAACAACCCUUACUCGCCGGAGAACAUCGAGAGGCGGCUCAAGCAGCGGGCCAGCCUCACCGGCCAGCCGCUGCUGCCCCCGGCGCUGUCGCCCACGCCCGCCGCCGACAGCCUGCCGCCCCCCGACGACAGCUCCCUCCACAUCGCCCUCAGGGUGGACCCCGACCCCAAGAAGUACGGGCGGGAUUUCUACAUCAACUCCGGCUCCGGGCUCCGGCGCGCGCACUCCACGUCAGUGGCCGACCGGCGGAUCGGACACCUGGAGACGCCGAUCGCUCCCUGGUCGUCUGCCGUGCGCACCAACGGCGACGGCGGGUCAGAGGACUCCUCCCCAGUGCCGACGCCCUCCGUCCGCGAGCUGGCCAAGCAGUUCCUGUCCCAGCCUCCAGAACAGCCGGCGCCACAGCCGUCCCGGACCAAGUCCACCGACGCAUCCAAGGUCGUCAUCGUCGGCAAGAACGAAUCCCCGGAGGCCCCCGUCAGCGCGGAUAUUGUAAACAAGCACGACAAGAAGGCCGUCCGGCAGGUGCACAGCCUGACGGCUCGCAGCAUGUCCCGCGAGUUCCGGGAGGGACUGCGGCACCUCGCCGUGGGCCGGCCGGCCGCCGCCCCCGGGGCCCAGCCCACCAGCGCGCCGUCCUCGACGCCGGCCGGCCCGGAGCAGCACAGCGACCGGCCCGAUCCCGAGGGCGCUCGCCAGCCCGCCGAAGCCGAGUGAUCGGCCCAUUCGGACUCAUCGUCGGGACCAAACCGCAAUCAGAGAUGCCUUAUUUUUUCUCGGUGGACCGGAAGUUGAAAAGUAGGCAGAGUAUGUAUCGUUUGCAAAGGUUCGUUGUAAAUUUAAACGAUCCUCUACUUAAUUAUUAAAUUUUGGUGCAAAUAUGGCGACACCGAAAUGUCGCGGGUUAAAGUAUUAAAUAAUUUUAUACAGGCGUUUGUUUGGUGUCCUAAUUGCUCAUGUCAUAAUAAAUGAAUUAGGC